AUGUCGAAUCCUGAAGAACUCGAUACACGUAUCCAACAGCUGGUGGAAGAUACACUUCAACGUCACCAAGAGCAAACAUUGGCAGCUGCUACCUCUGUUGCUGAAACAAUUGCUUCACGUUUCUUAGACAGCCAACAGUCAAAGAUUGAUAAAGCGUUGGAAUCUCAAAAGAAAUUGGCCAGCGUCAAUCUAAAAGGCAAAGGAAAUCAACACCAAUUUAACUUUUGCCAAAACGUUAUGGACAAAUUCGACAAGGCAGCGGACAGUUUGGCGGAUAAGGACAUCGAAAAAGCGCAAAAAUUGUUGUCUGAAGGUAAGACCUUAGUUGAGAAACGUAUUAAACUCAUUAAGUUGGCAGACAGAGAAGAUUGGGUAACGGUUAAUGAAUAUUUAAGUGACGACUUAGCGUCUGAUUCAGAAGACGAAAAACUUAUAAAUCGAGCAAUCCGUUCAGCCAAUGCUAAAAGCGAAAAGCGUAGAAAAUUAAAGCAACGCACUUUUCCCCAACGAAUGAACUUUGAUCGUAGUAGACCAGCAUCCCAAUUUCAAACGUAUUUUGGCCCAAGGUAUUCUGGAACAAGAGAAAGUCCUCGCCUAAGCGAAAACAUUGUAUGCUGGGGCUGUGAACAUUCUGUAGUGGGAAAACUUCAACAAAAUUUAAGAUUCUGGCAGGAUGAGCUUGAUACGUCACCUUUCGUUUUAAACGGUUGUAUCGAAGAGGUUUCCAACGUUCCAAAUUGUUGCAAUCCGCUUACAGUAGCAGAAGGAAAUAAAUUACGAUUGGUUUUAGAUUUAAGACAUGUGAACGAUUACUUAACUUUUCCAAAAUUUAAAUACGAAGAUUUAAAAAUCUUAUCACAGCAUCUUGAAACAGAUUAUUACUUCUCAACGUUUGAUUUAAAACAUGGCUACCAUCACAUUCCCAUUCAUGAGCAUGAUCGAAAGUAUUUAGGAUUUCCCUGGACUUUUCCAGAUAACACGGUAAAAUAUUAUCAAUUUCUCGUUUUACCUUUCGGUCUGGCUAGCGCUUGUUACGCGUUUACAAAGCUGACAAGACCUUUGUUAACAAAAUGGCGAAAAGACGGUAUAAGAUGUACUAUGUAUUUAGAUAAUGGUAUUUUUGGUUCAAAAUUAUUAGAGACAACAAAAAAGCAUUCUGCGAUUAUUCAAAACGAUUUAGCAAGAGCAGGACUCACCAUUAAUCUAGAAAAAUCAAAGUUUGAGCCUCGUAAAACUGGAAAAUGGCUCGGCUUUAACAUCGAUACCCGCACUAGCAAAUUUUACGUUCCAUCUGAAAAACUAAGUAAACUUUUCUCACUUGUGAAAUUAGCAUUAAACAGCGAUCGUGUAAGCGCAAAAUUUAUCUCAAAAAUUGCCGGACGAAUUAUCUCAAUGACUUUAGCUAUUGGCCCUUUAACAAGACUUUUUACAAGGCACAUGUACCGCUUUAUAGAAUCUCGUAUAACUUGGCAAAAAUUAGAAACGUUAGAUGAAUUUUUAAAGUCAGAUCUUCUUUUUUGGUACAGAAACCUCUUCAACACAAACGGUUAUCAAAUAAAAAAGAACACCUUAACAACCAAGGUUAUUUACUCCGACGCCAGUGACAGUGGUUAUGGGGGUUAUGUUAUGCAACGGUUGGGAGAUAUUAUCGCCAGGGGAAAUUUUACUUCGGAAGAAAGACGUACAAGUUCUACUUACCGGGAACUUUUAGCUGUUAAACUUAUUCUGCAAGCGGUAGGCCCACGUGUAAAAAAUGAAUCAGUUCAAGGGUUUUCAGAUAAUGUUAAUGUCACUCGAAUUACAGAAGUAGGCAGCAGGAGACCGCAUUUACAAAAACUCGCUUUAGAAAUUUUUGAUGCUUCAAUAAUUUUUUAA